CUUGGGCUUCAGUGUAUGUGAGAAUCAGAGAGAUGGGAAGUGACAAGUAUAUGCCUUUGUUUGAGACAAAGAGAGCCAAGGGAAGAGUCUUGUACAGGCUCUUUGCAGGAACUUUGUUUACAGGUAUUUGCUUCAUAUGGGCUUACAGAGUUGGCAACAUACCGAAACGAGGAGAAGAUGGGAGAUGGGUUUGGAUCGGGUUGCUCGGAGCUGAGUUAUGGUUCGGUUUUUACUGGGUCCUCACUCAAGCUCUCAGGUGGAACCGAGUCUACAGAUGCAUCUUCAAAGACAGGCUCUCUCAAAGGUAUGGCGAGGAGGAUUUGCCGGGAGUUGAUAUAUUUGUUUGCACGGCGGAUUCCACCGUAGAGCCACCGAUAAUGGUGAUGAACACUGUAUUAUCGGUUAUGGCCUAUGAUUAUCCUGCAAAAAAGUUGAGUGUUUAUCUUUCUGAUGACGGUGGAUCAAAGCUUACGUUUUAUGCUCUGUUGGAGGCAUCUAAGUUUGCAAGACAUUGGAUACCAUACUGUAAGAAGUUCAAAGUGGAACACAGAUCACCUGCAGCUUAUUUUGCUUCAUUAUCCAAAUCAAAUCAUCAUGGUGAUACCAGAAACUUGGCUGAUAUUAAGAAAUUAUACGAAGAAAUGGAAGACCGAAUUGAAACUGCAACCAAGUUAGGCCGAAUCCCGGAAGAAGCAUACUUGAAACAUAGAGGAUUUUCACAGUGGGAUUCAUACUCUUCACGGCAUGAUCAUGACACCAUCAUUCAAAUUUUGAUUGAUGGAAAGGAUCCAAAUGCCACAGACGUUGAUGGGUGUGCGUUGCCUACUUUAGUAUACCUUGCUAGAGAGAAGAGACCUCAACAUCCCCAUCAUUUCAAAGCUGGUGCCAUGAAUGCAUUGAUAAGAGUGUCAUCAAACAUCAGUAAUGGACAAAUUAUUCUGACACUAGACUGUGAUAUGUACUCAAACAACUCGCUUUGCAUCUGGGAUGCACUCUGCUUCUUCAUGGAUAUAGAGAAAAGCCAUGACAUUGCUUUUGUGCAGUUCCCACAGGCAUUUGAAAAUACGACCAAGAAUGAUACCUAUGGUGGUUCAUUGCUAGUACCUUACAAUGUGGAACUUCAUGGUAUGGAUGGUCUCGGAGGUCCUUUGUACAUUGGAACUUGCUGCUUUCACAGGAGAGAUGUACUUUGUGGAAGAAAAUUUACUAAAGGUUGUAAGUUUCAAUGGAAGAUAGACGACGAUAAUAAGGGAAGAAAGAGUAUACAAGAAUUAGAGGAAGAAACAAAGCCUCUUGCAAGCUGUACUUACGAGCAGAACACUGAAUGGGGAAACGAGAUGGGACUUAAAUAUGGGUGUGCAGUGGAAGAUGUAGUUACAGGGUUGUCAAUCCAAUGCAAAGGGUGGAAAUCAGUCUAUUUCAACCCUGAAAAGAAGGCAUUCUUAGGUGUUGCACCAACCACUUUGGCUCAAGCACUAGUGCAACACAAGAGAUGGUCUGAAGGUCAUCUUCAGAUUUUACUAUCUAAGCAUAGCCUUGAAAGGUUUGUGCAGGCAAAGAUUAGCCUUGGCCUACAACUGGGAUAUAUUUGCUAUAAUAGCUGGUCUGUUAACUGCUUGGCAACCCUGUAUUACUCCAUCAUUCCUUCACUUUGUCUUUUGAAAGGCAUAUCCUUGUAUCCACAGGUCUCAGAUCCAUGGUUUAUGCCAUUUGCUUGUGUGAUAUCUGCAAAGUACAUUUAUAGCCUUAUUGAAUUCCUUUGUUGUGGGGGCACAAUCCUUGGCUGGUGGAAUGAACAACGAAUAUGGCUAUAUAAAAGAACAAGCUCCUACCUUUUUGCAUUCAUUGAUGCCAUUUUAAAGACAUUAGCAUUUACUAAUGUAACAUUUUUAAUCACUCCCAAAGUUACUGAUGAAGAUGCAUCUCAACGAUAUGAGAAAGAGAUAAUGGACUUUGGAGCUUCCACUCCAAUGUUCACCAUCAUAGCUACACUAGCUAUGCUUAACUUUUUCUGCUUUGCAGGAAUGGUAAUGAAAGUGAUUAUGGAUGCCAACGUCUUUAAGCUUUUUGAGGAAAUGCCUCUGCAAAUUCUUCUUUGUGGUGCUUUGGUUCUCAUCAACUUGCCUUUGUACCAAGGCCUUUUCCUAAGGAAAGACAAGGGCAAGGUGCCAAGUUCUAUCACGGUUAAAUCAUUUGUCUUGGCUCUUCUUGCUUGUAGCAGUUUUACUUUCCUAUACUGAAAUUUCUUUUCCUUUUUGUUUCCAAGUGUUUGUGCUGUAGUGUAAUAGGUCAAGUUCAAAUCUUGUUAUUAUGCGACUUAAAUUUUAAAUAUAUUUCUACAGGAUCGAAUCA